AGAUAGAUAGAAGAGAGAAGAGAGAAGAGAGAAGAGAGAGUUUAUGAGAUUGGAGGGAAGUGUCUGGGAAAUGAACAAAAAAGAAAGAGAAUUGUUGACUCUUUCUCUCUCUCUCUCUCCAUCCAUGGUGGCUUUCUUUCAUUACACACGCUAAAUUCGACUCUUUCCUUUUCCUUUUCUUCUUGUUUAUUUUCACACCUGCCCUUAUAAACUGCCUUCUUCAAUUUUUAUCACCUCACAAAACCAUAAAAUUUCCAUUUCUUAUUCUUCUUCUCCUUUUCCUCAUCCAUUUUUCUCCAUACCCAUUUCCAUUUAUCCCUCCCCUCUCAAUAUCUCCCCCUAAUUCCGCUUCCAUCUCAAUCCCCAUUUCGUGUUUUCAUCCAAUUCCCUCUGAAACUUCAACCAAUUUCGAGAUCGUUGUUGAUUCAUGGGGAAUUGUUGCGUUGCCCCACCUCGGAACCCCGAGGAUCAGAACAAAGGAAAGAGGAAGAAGAAGCCGAAUCCCUUUUCAAUUGAUUACGGCGUGAACCAUUUCGCCGGCGGCAACGGCGGCAGCCAUAAGCUAACCGUUUUGACCAACCCUACCGGCUGUGAAAUCGGGCUUCAAUACGAAUUGGGUCGAGAGCUUGGCCGAGGGGAGUUUGGAAUUACGCAUCUAUGUACCGAUAAGGUUACCGGGGAGAAGUUUGCGUGUAAAUCGAUUUCCAAGAAGAAGCUGAGAACCGCUGUGGAUAUUGAGGAUGUUCGGCGGGAGGUUCAGAUUAUGAGACAUUUGCCGAAGCAUCAGAACAUUGUGAGUUUGAAGGAUACGUUUGAAGACGAUAACGCUGUUCAUUUGGUUAUGGAGCUUUGCGAAGGGGGUGAGUUAUUUGAUCGGAUUGUGGCUCGGGGUCACUAUACAGAACGUGCUGCUGCUGUUGUCACGAAGACCAUUGUUGAAGUUGUUCAGAUGUGUCACAAGCACGGCGUCAUGCAUCGGGACCUUAAACCAGAGAACUUUUUGUUUGGAAACAAGAAGGAAAAUGCACCAUUGAAGGCAAUUGAUUUUGGUUUGUCAGUGUUCUUUAAACCAGGUGAAAGAUUCAAUGAAAUUGUUGGAAGUCCGUAUUACAUGGCUCCCGAGGUUCUAAAACGAAAUUAUGGCCCGGAAGUAGAUGUUUGGAGUGCUGGAGUUAUACUCUACAUUUUACUUUGCGGUGUCCCACCAUUUUGGGCUGAAACUGAACAAGGAGUUGCACAGGCAAUUAUACGGUCGGUUAUAGAUUUCAAGAGAGACCCUUGGCCUAAAGUUUCAGAUAAUGCUAAAGACCUUGUGAGAAAGAUGCUCGAUCCUGAUCCAAAGAGGCGGCUGACUGCGCAAGGAGUGCUUGAUCAUCCAUGGUUACAAAAUGUAAAGAAAGCUCCUAAUGUCUCCUUGGGAGAAACAGUGAGAGCAAGACUUAAGCAGUUCUCUGUAAUGAACAAGCUGAAGAAAAGAGCUCUAAGGGUAAUUGCUGAGCACUUGUCAGUUGAGGAAGUUGCCGGUAUAAAAGAGGGAUUUGAAAAGAUGGAUACCGGCAAUAAAGGGAAAAUUAACAUAGACGAGUUACGAGUAGGUUUACAUAAGUUAGGCCAUCAAAUUGCAGAUGCAGAUCUUCAAAUUCUGAUGGAAGCUGGUGAUGUUGACAAUGAUGGAUAUCUAGACUGCAGAGAAUUCGUAGCUAUUUCUGUUCACCUCAGGAGAAUGGGCGACGACGAAGAACAUCUAAGAAAAGCCUUCGAUUUCUUUGAUCAAAACCUGAGUGGUUAUAUAGAAAUUGAAGAACUACGAUCUACCUUAGCCGAUGAAAUUGAUGAAAAUAGCGAGGAAGUGAUUAAUGCCAUUAUUAAUGAUGUUGACACGGAUAAGGACGGCCGAAUAAGCUAUGAUGAAUUUGCAACAAUGAUGAAGGCAGGCACAGAUUGGAGGAAAGCAUCAAGACAGUAUUCUCGAGAGCGGUUCAAUAGCUUGAGUCUGAACUUGAUGAGAGAUGGAUCAUUGCAGUUAAAACAAUGAGAGGAGGGUAGAUGAUUUCUUCACAAACAAAACAGGCCAACAAAGUUGCUAAAGAAUCAGUCAUUUAAAGGGGAGGUUACAAAUCUUUGGGUUACUUCUAUAAUUCUUUGUUUCUUUAAAUUUUCUUCUCUCUUUCUUUUUCCCCCAUCUGUGUUCUUUUGUUUGGAAAGUAGGAUUAAGGGGCUGGGGUUUUUGAUGUGUUUCUGAUUUACAUGUCUUUCUUUUGUUUAAGUGAAAGGGAAAGGUGUGGAUGAUGAUGGUUUGGAUAGGACUUACAAUUCUGUUUGUAAAUAUGUGAAAGUUGGCAUUGCCCAAAUAUUUUUAAAGGAGAGAAAUUUUAUAGUUAGUAAACUAUCCGACUUUGAGAAA